CCAUUUACAUUCGGUCGUUAGAUCCACCCGCUGCCUAAUAAUUGGCUCUGCAACUCGGCAUUUGUUCUCGAACAAUAAAUCGGCGACGACCGCUGCUCUGCUAUCAUUUAUUACUCUGUAUUUGAGUAGUCAGGUAAUUGUUGCGCCACUCGACGAGAGUUGCAUGCAACAUAGGAAUACCAGUUGUAUUAUUCACUUGUCAAUACUCAACAAUUAAAGCUAAUCCCAUCGAAAACGAUGUCGAAUACAAUGCGCUGCACUCUGGUUGUGUGUGUGGCACUCGCUCUGUUUGCCGCUGGCUGCAACGUGGAGGCAUCCAAGGCACGACCGCCGCGCAACAAUGAAAUCAGCAACAUGGCGGAUGCACUGAAAUAUCUGCAGGAUCUCGAUGUUUACUAUGGCGAUCGAGCACGUGUGAGAUUUGGAAAGCGUGCCUCCACAAUUCAGGCGUUACACAAUCGAAUGCUUGAAAGUGGCCUCAACAGCAACAGCAACGAUAAUUUUAAUGAAAACAACGGCGGUGUUUUGUUGCAUGGCGCCGGCGAGGACGACAUGUUUUAAUCAUGAUGCCAAAACUAAUUCAAAGAAGAGGCAAACAUAUUAAGGUUUAAGAUCUUGUUGCACAAUUUUGGAGCAACAGUUUAUAUGCGUACAAUUCUUGUUAAUACCAAAGAAUACUUAAAUAUAUGAAUGUUAAAAACAAUUAAAUGUUCAUUGCAAAAUAUCCAUGAAUAAAUGGUAAA